CAGACACGCACUUUAGCAAAGCGUUUGGUUGGGCGAGCAGCUCCAAGAGGACACACUACUGUGUUACAGAUUUGUCAACAAGACAUCCAAGUACUACCUCCACAAGUGGGCUGUGGGCUGAUCCUGAAAGACAUUGCCACUGUGAUCCUGAAUCAGGUACGAGUGUUUGGCUUCGCUUGAAAGCUGGAGCACUUUUUUCCAUGACACACAAUAGUUAAAAAUAACUCCAACGGGCAAGUGUUUUGCUUUGACCACUGCUUGCACCUUUGUCAGGAAAAGCACAUUUUCUAUGUAUUUGUAUUUAUAGGAUUAUAGUUUUAAGUUGUCAUCCCAUAGAUAAGUUAUGUCUAAAAUGUGACAGUAUUACAUGAUGCUCAGCACCAACAUUUCAUUCAUGCCUCAAUUCCAUUAAAAAUGAAAUACUGAAAGUAAUAUUUAGGUUGACAGGCACAUUUGCUGCAUGUCACGUGACACAAGCUGUUAAGUAUCUUUGUCUAAUGGGAGGCAUCACUGUUCAUAUUUACUUAAGGCGAAUACCUUCCAGACUAGUAGUAUUCCAGACUGGUAGCAUGUGUCGGAUGACAUCUAUUUCCAUUUCAUUUCCGUGCAGGAGCAUUACCAGAUCAGAACAAACAUGGGCCAUCAAAACACUAUUACUAAUAAUUUUAUUCUAAAAAUGAUUGUUAAAUACAAUGACUACAAGAUACGGUAUUCUAUGUUUCUCCAUGAAUCUCCACUCUAAAUCCAUGACUUCAAAGCCUUUUCAAUGUCUGCAAAUCCAGUUACUAUCAAACUGUAUAGCAACAUAGGGCACUCACCUCUCAAUGUUUAUUUUAGAAUGGAAGCUAGUCGUGAAAACACCAACGCCUGUGGGACAAUCUGUCUGAAGUAUGUGCUCUUUAUAUUUAACAUUCUUUUUUGGCUGGCUGGGGGUGCAGUGCUGGCCGUGGGUGUGUGGACUCUAGUGGAGAAGAGCGACUACAUCAGUCUACUGAACUCCAGCUUCUACUCAACGUCUGCUUACAUCCUGAUUGCCGCUGGAGUCAUUGUGAUCGUGACUGGCAUCAUUGGAUGCUGUGCCACCAUGAGUGAGACCAAGAGUCUUUUGAUUGUGUACUUGGUCUUGUUGCUGUGCGUUUUCCUGCUGGAAAUCAUUGCAGGUGUCAUGGCAUAUAUCAUCUACCAAGAGUGUUUCCCUUUCUGCCAUCAGUUGGACGAGGAGCUGAGACAGAACCUGAAGGUGACCAUGCAGCAGAAAUACCAACAACCUGGAGAAGACAGUGUCACACAUGUUGUGGACAAGCUCCAUCAGGAGUUCCAGUGCUGUGGAAGUAACAGCUCCUCAGACUGGAGAGACAGUGUUUGGAUCCAGGCAGCACAGAACGAGCAACUCGUUCCUGACAGCUGCUGCAAGACUCCCAGCAGCCUCUGUGGCCGCAGAGACCAUCCUUCCAAUAUUUACAAGGGAGGCUGCAUCGUGAAAUUAGAGGACUUCAUUCUGUGUCAGCUCUACAUUCUGGGUGCAUUGGGCAUCGGGAUUGCCUUUUUACAGCUAUUUGGGAUGAUGUUUACUUGCUGCCUUUAUCAAAGCUUGAAAGAUGAGCCAUACUGAUGUUGGACUGUUGUUUAAGUGGCAUUACUAAAUGUGUGGUUUGAGACUUAAGUGCAUUCAGUUCGCAUAAUUAAACCCUGCUGGACUUUUAAGUCAAUACAGUACCCAUACAUGAGAUUCUGUUAUGCUGGGCAGCACUUAACUAAAUGUUAUCAUUUUUCCUACAGUCUUGUCAUGUCAAAGAUAAUGCUGUCAAAGCAGACAAGUGCAUUAGCAUGGUGUGGCAAUAUUUUCUAAGUACUGUUCUUGUGUUGUGUGGUUUAAUAAGUGCUAUAUAAUAAAGUAUACAUUUAGAAUUUGAAUGUUGGCCUGCCAAUUAAAUAUAUUUGCAGUUUAUUGUUAACCGUGCAUGUGACAGAGCAUGCAUGUCAUGCAGUACAUUUUAUGCAAUUGGUUGCCAAGCCACAACAUAAAGCCAGUCGAUUGUCUUGUUGACGAAAAAACACAUUUAACUAUAAAAUGUUUCGAAGAUUACACGUAUUCGUCUCAUUUGCACCCCCUGCUGACCGAGAUAAAUUAAC